AUGGCUUCCGUCAAAUCCAUUCCCACCGAUAAAACUCGGGCAUAUAGUACAUCUUCCUCCUUCAACCUCACUGUCCUCAUCUCGGGCUCAGGAACCAACCUCCAAGCCCUUAUCGACGCCUGCGGCCAGGCACCUCCGUCCAAAAACAAACCCCCUCCCCGACGUACUCUCCCCCAUGCUGAGAUCAAUCAUGUCAUAUCCAAUCGUCGUGAAGCCUAUGGACUGGCUCGCGCCCAGGAUGCACACAUUCCUGUGACAUAUCAUAACCUCAUGUCAUACAAGAAAAAGCAUCCUGACACAGAGGAAGGCAUUCGGGCUGCGCGGAGCCAUUAUGACGCCGAUCUAGCCCAGAAAAUCCUCACCCAUAUUCCUUGUCCUGAUCUGGUCAUUUGCGCAGGCUGGAUGCAUAUCUUGUCUCCGACUUUCAUCAAUGCUCUCUCCUCGGCCAAUGUGCCCAUCAUAAACCUACAUCCCGCAUUGCCCGGAAAAUUCAAUGGCGCAGACGCGAUCGGACGUGCAUAUGAAGCGUUCCAACGCGGAGAGAUCUCCAAUACGGGCGUCAUGGUUCAUUAUGUCGUGGACGAGGUGGAUAUGGGUCAACCUGUUUUGGUAAAGGAAGUAGAGAUCAAAUCAGAAGAUACUCAGGAAGACCUCGAAGAAAGGAUACAUCAAGUCGAGUGGAAACUCAUUGUUGAGGCUACAGGCAAAGUCCUGGCGGAGUUGGAGGAGAAGAGACGAUCAGAGAGUUGA